AUGGCCAUAACAUCUCGUUUCCAGUCGCACGGCGGCUCGGACAUUACGAAGGAUAACAACGCAGCCACCACAAAUCACGCCGAAGAAGUCCCGACAAAGCCAGUCUUCACUAGCGGGAAAGACGGUGAUGUUGCUCAGGCCUUGUUCAGUAGCCCGGAAGAGCUUCAUGAGGAGGUUGAUCCGGCCGAGGCACGAAGGGUGCUCUGGAAGAUCGAUUUGAUGAUUCUGCCGUACUUGGCGGUUUGUUAUGCGUUCUUCUAUAUUGAUAAGACUACGCUCAGUUACGCGGCCAUCUUUGGGAUCAACGAGGAUCUGAACCUUCAUGGAACACAAUAUAGCUGGCUUAGUAGUAUUUUCUACUUUGGUUUCUUGGUUUGGGCAUUGCCUACUAAUCUCAUGCUGCAACGGUUUCCAAUUGGUACGAAAGUAUCUCGGCAUCAAUAUCUUCAUGUGCUAAGAAUCAGGGGCGUUUUUCUCAUCAUCCAAGCGGCAUGCCAUAACUUCACCACUCUCGCCGUCCUCCGAGCCCUAGGUGGUGCUGCCGAAGCCUGCGCAGACCCUGCAUUCAUGCUAAUCACGAGCAUGUGGUACACACGGCGCGAACAGCCAGUGCGUAUGGGGCUUUGGUAUACAGCCAACGGCUUUGGCAUUGCUCUCGGCGGCCUGUUGGGUUACGGGAUUGGUAAUAUUAAGGGUGCGCUUCCGUCAUGGAAGUACGAGUUCAUCGUGAUUGGCGCUCUUUGCUCAGCCUGGGGCAUUGUCAUGUUCAUUUUCCUUCCCGACUCCCCGGUCAAUGCGCCAGGCUUGACACAACGAGAACGUCGGAUUGCCGUUGAACGACUACGGGAAAACCAAACCGGUAUCGAGAACAAGCACCUAAAGCCACAGCAGGUCCUUGAGGCAUUCACCGACUACAAGAUGUACUUCUUCUUCGUGCUGGGCUGUGUCUGCAACAUCCCCAACGGCGGUAUCUCCAACUUCGGGACAAUCAUUAUCAAAGGCUUCGGAUUCUCGACUCUCGUUACGACUCUGAUGCAGAUUCCCUACGGCGUCCUAAUCGCACUCUCAAUCCUAGCGUGCGUCUACCUGAACGACCGCUUUGAAAAUCGCCGAUGCGUAUUCAUUUUGCUAUUCCUGAUCCCCAAUCUAGCGGGAGCAUUCGGGCUGCGCUUCGUUCCCGAGAGCGAACAAAUCGGCCGGCUGAUCUGCUAUUAUCUCACAGGGCCGUAUAAUGCGGCUUUUGUGUUGAUUCUUAGUAUGCAGACCGCUAACACUGCCGGACAUACAAAGAAAGUUGUCACAAACGCAGUCCUUUUCCUGGGUUACUGCACUGGGAAUAUUGCGGGGCCGUUCUUUUACCUUGAGAGUCAAAAACCGACCUACUCACUCGGCAUAUGGUCCAUGAUCGUUUCGCAUCUCAUCGAAGCUGUCCUAAUCAGUACACUGGGCUUGCUCCUCCGCUGGGAGAACAAGAAGCGCGAUCGGAUUCAGAGCCAGAUGGAGGGUGGCUUGGAGGGACGGGACCUUGGAGCCACAGCGUUCUUGGAUUUGACGGAUCGUGAGAAUCUGAAUUUCCGAUACAUAUAUUAGAGCAUUGGGUAUGUGUGGAUUUUGGGGACGGGUUAUAUCCUGGGACUGAGGGGAAGUGGAACGGGACAGUUUGUCUUGUUCACUACUUCCGCAAAUUGCUUUUGACAAGGUACAAUAGUAUGGGUUAUCGAGGUGAAUAUGAGCAGGUGUAAUGAAUGAAUGGGUCAUUGGAUUUCAAGGAUGUGUAUCAUCCACAAUAGAGGGAUAUAUAACACACAAUGAAGGCCACUGGAAGCAGCAGCUCAAGCUCAAUGCUAUUCUAAGGA